AAACAAAUACAUGAACACAUUGAAAAUGGAUAAAUACAAGUAAUGUGAAUGAGGGGCAAAGUCUCUUAAAUAUUCCUUACAAACUUAAGAAGAAAAUAAAAAAAGGACCAUUUUAAUUUAAUUUAGAAAAUAAACCUGAGCCCUGUGUCGGGAACGUGUUUGUAUAUAGCGCAUGCGCACUGAGCUGUUAUGACUUUCGGGAGAAAAAAAAAGAAAAAAAAGAAUUGCUCCAUUGUGACGUCAUCGCAGGAAUGGGGGAGGAGCUGUAUACGCCGAAUGUUCAACUCGAGUCCGGUGACGUCACCCGUACUAAAAACGUCAUUUUAACCACAUUGUCGCAAAAGUGGACCAGGACACAACUAUUGUGACUCGUCGUGGAAGCGUUCGGAAUGUUUUUUUUUUUUAAUUCCUCCUUUUUUUUUCUGCCCUUCAGAGGAGAAGCUUCUUGACGCACGCGCAGUAACGUAGGCCGGCAGCUGACAGGACGAGCGAAGAAGAAAAGUAAAGGAAAGAAACAGGAAGUUUGACAACAAUUCCAAAGACGCAAAGAAGCAGGGAGCGUAUGCUCGGUGAUGACCAGUGAAAAAAAGCGGAGUGGCUUCCAGAUCACUAGCGUGACAUCAGACUUCAGUCAAACCUGGGCCGGCCAAUCAGCUCCCGGCGUGUUCCUGACAGUCGUCCAAACGUCGUCUACCUCCCACAGUCCCCGGGGCAGCUCCUCCCAGCCCACGACACCCUCCCUGAAGAGGAAACACAUCUCGCAUGAUGCCUUAGGGCAGGGGGCAGGCGCCUCAUCCAGGUUCCGACUGGUCCGCUUGGCAGGAGGCAGCACAGGCGGGCGAGGGCAUGGCGACACAUAUGGGCGUGGCCGCUGGAUGUGCACGGACUUUACGGAUGGGCCGGGGCUGAAACGGGUCAUGGACAGCAUAAGACACGCACAAUCACUGGAGUCUUUGGAGUCAAUUACAGGAGCAGUCCAUUUACCAUCUCAGCCAAUCAGAGAUGGAGGAACGGUGGGGCGACGAGUGCCUUCUCCACCUCCGCCAUUACGCUUGGCCUCUAAUGCCGGUGGGCAGUCGGUCCUCAGGCUCUCUCGCUCUCAGCCAAGCUCUCCCCCUCCCACUCUGACCCUCAUCCCCACUCCGACAGCGUUCAGCCUGGACCAUAGCGCUGCCUUCAGCCUGCCGGCGGACAUCAGUGUGGUUGCCAUCGACAACAAGAUCGAACAGGCCAUGGUGAGUAGUUCAGAUCAGAAAACGACAUCUUUCAUCACGCACAUCCAGCUUUUAUGGGGCAGAGUCUUCGUCCCACUGCAUUGUUGGUUCACUUCCUUGGAAUAUUGAGAGACUUGAAAUUUGAGCGACAUGAAAAGACUUUUCUAGAUUUGAAGACACCUGUAGGGACUGAGAGAC